AUGGAAGGCCUAGUAAAGUGUUUGUCAUUGUUGCAAAAACAUACAAAGUUACUUUCUAUGCCGAGAAGAUAUAUGCUAAAAGAAUCUAUUAAUCAUAUAUUGAAUAAAAAAGUUAUGGAUAGGUAUAUAAGAUUACCUGUGCCCUGUAACAAGGUUUUGGCGACUUAUUGCUGGAUUGACGGCUCAGGCAUAAAUAUGAGAUGUAAAGACAGAAUUUUGAAUUGUACUCCUCACAGCGCUGACGCAGCACCCGGAUGGGCUUUCGACGGCAGUUCUACAGGCCAGGCUACCACUGCUAACUCUGACACAUCUUUGAAGCCAUGUGCAGUGUAUAAAGAUCCAUUUAGACUAGAACCUCAUGUACUCGUUCUAAGUGAAGUUUAUAUGGGAGAUGGUUCACCAGCUCUUACAAAUCAUAGGAAGUUUUGCAACGAUCUGUGUGAAUUUCAUAAAGCAGAUGAACCUUGGUUCGGUCUAGAACAAGAGUAUACGAUGCUAGAUAUGGAUGGUUGGGGCUUGGGGUGGCCUAAAGGUGGAGGUUUUCCCGCUGUCAAUUAUGAAUUUUCUUACUGUGGUAUUGGAGCAAAGUACAUAGCUGGAAGGGAUAUUUGUGAAGCUCAUACUAAAUGUUGCCUAUAUGCUGGAUGUGACUUUGAAGGCACUAAUGCCGAAGUAAUGUUUGCUUGCUGGGAAUGGCAAAUAGGAACAACUAUUGGAAUUAAAGCUCCAGAUGAUAUGUGGAUGUCACGAUACAUAAUGGGUCGAGUGUCUGAAGACUAUGGUGUAGUUAUUACUUAUCAUCCCAAGCCCAUGGGACCGAAACAUCCAGGAGUAGGCAUGCAUCACAACUUUAGUACUAAAAGAAUGCGUUCGGAUGGCGGUUAUAAGUUUAUCGAAGAGUGUAUCAAAAGAUUGGAAAAAAAUCAUAUGAAGCACAUGAAGAAUUACGGGAACGACGAAUUAACCAACCGAAUGCGUUUAUCCGGAAAAUUUGAAACUGCUCCAUUCGAAAAGUUUUCUUGGGGAAUUGCGAAUAGAAAAUCUUCUAUUCGUCUGCAAAGAAAUAUUAAGGAAAAAGGAAAGGGAUUCAUGGAAGAUAGGAGACCAGCUGGAGACUGCGAUCCUUACCUUGUCUGUGGAUUACUGAUGGAUACAUGCUUAGGGUCAGCUGGAGGCGGUAAAGGAGCUAAUAAAUGUAAGUAA